GUAAACAAACAAAGGCGUUAUUACCGUCCCACGUGUGUGUCUGAACACAGAGACUGUUGUGUUGUUGUGUGUGAGCUGAGUGUGUGAGCUGAGUGUGUGAGCUGUGGCAGUAACAAUGCCUUCAGUUCAGUAUCUGAGAGAGUUUAUCAACGAGCGACUAACUGCUGCUGCUGAACAAAUAUUCUUGGAGUUUGAAAAAACGAUCGUCCAGUACGAGGAAGAGAUCGACCGUCAGCGCAGACUGCUGGAUAUCACCUGGAAACCCCAAAUCAAGCUGCACAGGACAGUCCCUCCAGAUGUCCCACAGCAGCAUGUCUGUAAGGAGGAGCUUCUCACUGACCAGCAGCUCUGUAACCAAGCGAGUCUCAACCAGAAGGAGUCAGAGCUUCCUCAUAUUAAAGAGGAACAGGAGCAACUCUGCAGCAGUCAGGAGAGAAGACAGGUUAUACUGAAGGAGGAGACUGAUACCUUUAUGGUGACUGCUGAUUAUGAGGAAAAUGACCACAGUGAACCAGAACAAAAGAGUAACCAGCUUCUCUCUCACAGCUCUGCUGUAGGUGAGAGCCAAGAUCAGGGAGUAAGCAAGAAGUUUGAUUCAGGAUCAGCUAGAAAUAGAAACAAAAGUCACAACAAUGCAGAAUAUCCACCUACUUCAGGAAGUCAAUGUAACUCUGAUAAAAGUAAAAAGUCCUCAAACUGUGAUGUUUGUGGAAAAGCCUUUAAGUAUAAUUAUAUAAUGAGAAGGCAUUAUCGAGUCCACACAGGUGAGAGGCCGUUCUCUUGUAAAAUGUGUGGGAAAACGUUUAUAUCUGCUAGUUCUUUGUCGAAGCACACAAAAACUCACUCAGGUGUUAAGCCAUUUUGUUGCACAACUUGUGGAAAAAAGUUUAUGUAUAAUAGUGAUUUACUGAAACACAUAAGAACACACACUGGGGAGAAACCAUAUUGUUGUAAAACAUGUGGAAAAAUGUUUUUAUAUAAUAGUGAUUUACUGAAACACACAAGAACACACACUGGGGAGAAACCAUAUCAUUGUGCAACAUGUGGGAAAGUGUUUGGAUAUAGUAGUUCUUUAUUGACGCAUAUGAGAAUGCACACAGGUGUGAAAGCAUAUACUUGUAAAACAUGUGGGAAGAUGUUCAAACGUAACUGUCAUUUAACAGAGCACAUAAGAACUCACACAGGUGAGGAACUUAGAACUUAGAACUCUUUUGCUUGCACACUCAAAUUUGGAAGCAAUACCACAAAGGUGUGAAAAUAAAGAAAACGAUAUACAAUAAAGAAGAAGAAGAGACAAUAUGAGAACACUAUGUACACUAUAAACAUGAUGUAGACGUCAUAAUAAAUAAUUGUAAAUAAUAAAUAAGGGUGGAAGGGCUAUGGUCAUUAAGGGAUGGAGAUUGCACAAAUAGCCGAAAUAUUGCACAGCAGGAGCAGAAUAUUGUACGGAAACAAAAAGAAACUCACGCACACACACAAAAAAGCAAUAAUGAUAAUAAUAAAUAGCAAAUAGCAGCACCAGAAUGAUUGUAGGAAACUCUCAGUUUGCAUUUAUUUUCCUUACAGCCCACGGGAAGAAGCUGUUCUUUAGUCUAUUGGUUUUGCACCUGAUGGAUAUGAACCUUUUUCCAGAGGGCAGGAUGUUGAAUAGAUGGUGGUUAGGAUUGAGGCGGUCUUUUAUGAUUGCCCUGGCUCUGGAGAGACAUCUAGAGCUGGAAAUGGAGUCCAGGAUGGAGAGAGCACAGCCAAUCACCUUCUCUGCAGUUCUGAUGACCCUCUGGAGUCUCAUCUUAUCGGCUCUUGUGCAAUCGGCGUACCACACAGGGAUGGCGUGCAGCAGCACACUCUCUAUUGUGGCAUGGCAGAAGGAGACUAGGGUGUCAUCUCAGAACCCUCAGGAAAUGGAGGCGCUGCUGGGCUUUCUUCCCCAGGGCUGAUGUGUUAGUUGUCCAGGAUAGGUCCUCGGAAAUGUGGGUACCAAGGAACCUAAAGGAGGGCACUCUCUCCAUGUAAUCACCUUUU